GGGAAGACUUAUGUAGCAAGUUCUAAGUGAAGUCUGAUAGAAAAGUGUGGCCUUCAGCCGUAGGAAAGACUUAUGUAGCAAGUGAAAAGUGAAUGAUUAAUAAAAUUCGGGACUUAGUGUUCAUAAGUGAAGAAAAAGAUUUCUUUUUAAAAAGUCAGAUGUGAAGUCCCGUAUAUUUGUGGCGCAGUCGUACGGAACACUCUACGUGCAGUGCUAGUUUUUGGAAGACAAUCUAGUGACAAAACCCGAUCCGUGGUAAUUGGACAGUAGUGCGAAAACCGAAAAUUAGUGUCGAAUUGACGACAUCGGACGUGCCGGUAACCAAGGACUAAAAGUGUAACUGACUUGUGCAGGAUUCAGCAUUAAGUGGACGUUUAGCCCAAUCCGUGGCGAAGCAAGAAACUAGUGACUAUCUCCAGCGAUCAUCAGGAACCAGGCUCUUGGAAACCAUCCCUCAACCCGUAGGUGAUUUGCGCCGCCCGACACGAAAACUGCAUCGGUGGGUUUCAACCCUUUAAGAGUGUCGAACCCUCGAAGAUGACACACAAACACCCGAUACUUUUUUGUCUUACAAUUAUGAUGUUUUUCAAUCCUAUUUACUCUGCUUACUUGGAAAUCCUUGAACUUAAUGAAAAUCCCGGUAUAGUUGCGUUCAAGACUAAUUCAGUCUUUAUAAAAGAAGGAUCUCACACACUAUUCCAUAGAUUUAAUUUAUUUUCCUUUACCGUCGUUCUCAAGCAGUAUGAAUCCAUUAUUUUGAGCAUUGAAGAAAACCCAAAGAUAGCAGAACUAGUUAAAAUUCUUAAACAAAAGCAGAGUCAGGCUUAUUUUAUCCUUGAAAAUUUAACCGCUAGAAGUAGAAAAACAAAACGAUCUCUUAAUUUUCUUGGGUCUACCUUAAAAAUGAUUACAGGGAAUCUCGAUAAUGAAGAUUUGUUAAAAAUAGAAAACCAACUUGAAAUUCUUAAAAAUUCAAAUAACAUUUUAGUAACAGAGAAUAAUGAACAAAUUCAAAUUAAUAAAUUGUUUGAGGAAAGGAUUAACAAUAUUACUAAACAAGCUUAUAGACAGUCUAGGGAAAUAGAUAGCAUCAUUAAACAGACAAGACUGAGCUUAGACAGAUCUAUCGAAUGGGAACAUCUCCUGCACCUACACAACAUCAUCUUCAACAUCGACAUGAUCAACCAGCAGCUGUCUACAAUUUUCGAGGCCAUUCAGUUGUCCAAGUUGGGUUUAAUUUCAAAGGCUUUCUUACAACCAUCAGAGCUAGAAUUUGCAACGAAUCUGUUGGAGUCACAAGGCGUUGUGAUUAACAGCUAUGACCAAGUUUAUGAGUUUUUGGAACCCAUAGCAUUCCACAAUAACUCAGACGUAAUCCUACUCAUAAAAAUUCCUAAAUUCAGGCAAGGAGAAUUUGUGCAACUCCAAAUAGAAGCCAUUCCACGACAGUUUAAAAUCAUACCGAUAAAUGCAACAAAAGCCAUUGUUGGUAACAAUGAGUCUUACCUAAUUUCCCAUCCAUGCAUGAACAUCGCGCAUAGCAUCAUCUGCGACGUCCAGAACUUGUUUAACACUUCAAAUGACGGAUGCUUACAUGAGUUACUAAGAGGAAAUACGGGUAACUGUACCUUCAUUAGAUCUCCAAUGAAACCUGACACAAAGGAAAUCGAAAAUCUCGGACUGUUAGUUAAAAACUCUGUUGAUCCGACUUCGAUGCAAAACAGUUGUGGAUAUGGUCCGAGGAAUUUAACAGGAACGUUUCUCAUAUCAUUUAGAGAUUGUUCCAUCACCCUCAACGGAAAAACCUUUACCAGCAAAACAUUCAGAAGAGAAUCCAAACCUGUCAUCUUACCCCUACAUUCAGAAUCGUCAUAA